GAAAUUAUUUGCGCAGUGCGCAUGACAACUCUUUCCAACAUUAUUUGAAGGUUAUGUUAUUAUAAGAAGUUUUAAAAAAUUGUGUUAUUCGUGUUACGUUAUUUAUUAUUCGUUGAAAUGAGUUCAGGCAAUUCAGUUUCUAAGGGUGUCUUUGUUUUCAAGAAUGGAUUCAAAAGACCAUCAAAACUUUCUAAACAUAGAAAGAAGGAAAAGAGUAUUUUUUCCGACCAUUUAUGGUAUCAGAGUUUCAGUUCGCUCUGGAGGAAUUUUGAAGAAAAACUUCAUCUUAUUAAUACUGAAAUUUUUUCUUCAACGUUGAAAGAUUUGGUUAACUUCGUUAAUCUGACCUACGACCAGAUACAAAGUGAAAUUCCAACUGCUGCUUUGCUGACCGGCAUAAAUAUGCCAGAUCAUGAAGCACAAUUCUCAGCAUUAACUAAGGAAAUAAAAGAGUAUGUUACUCCGCAUUGUGUUGUAAUGAGGGCUCAAGAUUGCAGUAGUAUCAAGUUAUUUGUGGAAAAUAUGAUAAAUGGAUUUCUGAAUGAUGAAGAUGCAACGAUCGAGGAUAUGUAUGAAGAUUAUGAAGAGGAGGAAUCUAAUUAUAUCAAAAAAUCUCGCUGUACUUUUGCUGUUCUUCAAGCGUGGUAUGAAAGUUUAUACCUAAACAAUUCAAUUCUGAACUACUCAGACGAAGGUUCCUUUAUAAGGAGGGGAGCGCCAACUUGUAAACCACUAGUUGUCAUAAUUCCAGACAUUGAGAAUUUCAGUGAGAAUGUUAUUCAAGAUUUCAUAUCUAUUGCUCAUUCUUAUAUUAAUAUCAUACCAUUUGUCCUGAUAUUUGGGGUCGCUACUUCGUUGAACAUCUUACAUAGGACCCUACCAUAUCACGUCUCUUCUAAAACUAGUAUUAAGGUUUUUUCAUCACAACCAUCCACCACAUAUUUGAAUAACAUACUGGAAAAUGUGUUUUUUUCUGGACACUGUCCUUUUUCUUUGAGUGGGAAAGUAUUCAAUUUACUCACAGAUAUAUUUUUAUUCUAUGAUUUAUCUGUUACUGGGUUUGUGAAGCAUUUUAAGUUCGCAAUGAUGGAGCAUUUUAGCAGGGGAAAUGAAUUUUCUCUUUGUACCAACCGAAAUUUCGAAGAUGUUCUUGAUCAAUUCAAACAUGAAGACUUUGAAAGUCUAAGGCGCAUAUAUUCCUUUCGCGAUUUAGUAGAGAGAGAAUCUUACAGGAAUCAAAUAAAACUAUUAGAAGAUGAUGAUUACCUCAAGGAUGUUGUUCUUGGGAAACUUAAAGAACUUAGGAAAUAUGUAUUUCAUCUGCAUUUAUUCAUUCGAUGUUUGCACGUUUUAGUGAAUGAUUUACCGAAAACCCCUCUCGGAAAACAGGUUCGAGAAUUGUAUGCAUAUGCCACCACCAAAAAUAUAACGAAAUCUCAGCAUUUCAACGAAUGUUUUCAACUGUUGAAUUUCCAGUCCAAAGAUCAAUUCACUAAAAAAUUAACAGACAUCAUAAAAAUCUUAGAAAAUACAACCGAUUCGAUAUUCGUUGCAGAAUUGGAAGGAAUACAUUCAAAACUCAAAGAGUUCUUGAUGCAAUUGGGUUAUAUCGAUUCCAUGACGGAAAUAACUCAAAAUUUCCAGGAACAAAUUAAAAUCGGUAGCGCAUCGAGUAGGGUAGAAUUCAAGAAUAAAUUGAAGAGUAUCUCCCAAAACCAGUCCAAAAAUGCGUACGAGAAAUUACGUGAAGAAAUUGUGGAGUAUUUACGUACCAUUUUCGAAAAAUACUUAGUCGAGUACUCUAGUCUUCAUUUUCACGAGAUCUUUUUCUUCGACGAUAUCGACAUACAGAAUCAACUCAUAGGAACGCAUAGAUCGGCAAUUCAUGAAGCGCUAAACGAUCCACAAACUUACUUGCAGUGUACUUGUUGCGAGAUCAGAAGAGAGGGUGCGAUUUUACCCACCAUGCCUGAUAUAUGCAUCGCUUACAAACUCCAUUUGGAGUGCGGCAAAAUGAUAAAUUUGUACGAUUGGCUCCAAGCAUUCCUGAGUAUCUUAGAUCCCACCGAUGAGGAAGAUGACGAUGGUAAAAGGAGAGUGGACCCAGAGUUGCAAGCACGAUUUACUCAAGCAGUUGCAGAAUUGGAAUAUUUAGGUUUCAUCAAGACUUCCAAACGAAAGGCCGAUCAUGUUCAGAGACUAACUUGGGGUGGAUGAACAAAUUUUCCAACUGUCUACAUCGGAAGAACAAUGUUUUGUCAUCAUCAUAAGAGAUAUCUAAAGUGAUUUCGAUUAAAUUCAAAUAAAACAAUUACUUUUAUUUCGAAAUCAGAACAAAUAUUGAUAUUUCCUUAAAAAUAAUCAAGUGUGUCACAAUUUGUGGUCAUUAUUGCUUGAUUGAUUCCUGGUGUUGCAUAAUAUCUAGGAUCAUCAGUUGAUAAUAUAUUAUAAAACUUUA